CAUGUCGGAUGUGGUCUUUCAUUUGGAACUAGCUAAAGAAUGCCCUAUCACAAUGGCUAGAGUCACUAUAAGCUCUCUGCAACCGAGUAAUAAAACUAAAAAGUUAUUCAACUACGCUCUGGAUAAGCCCUGCCAGCAUUUUGUCUUGGGGCCAAUACUUAUUAGUUCUUUUAAUUUGAACAACAACUGCAAGAUUAAUAAGGGUGAUUACGAUAUUCAUCUUAAUAUGUUGGAGAAAUCAACGAUGUUCCUGGGCCCGAGUUUUUUCUACGGCACCUAUGAGUUCAAAUUCAUGGCGUUCAAUAAAGUGAACAAUUUCUUAUGUGUCGAAUCUUUGAUAAGGAUUGAAAAAGCUGACAAAUCUAAAAUAUAA